AUAUACGAGUAGAUUCAUCCCCUUGACUACUAGAGACAUUAAGACAUUUCUUCGGCUCUCUGUUUCAAGCGUGCUACCUCUCUCUCUCUCUCACAUCACGAAAAUGGCUGAAGAACCCACUUCAGAUAAUUCCAAAGAUCUGCCUUCAAAUAAAGAUGGAGGGUCACAGGGGAACAGUUCACUGGUUGUUUCCUUUGGAGAAAUGUUGAUUGACUUUGUGUCAACAGUGCAAGGAGUUUUGCUUGCGGAAGCACCUGCCUUCGAAAAAGCUCCAGGUGGUGCUCCUGCUAAUGUUGCUGUUUGUAUAGCAAGAUUGGGAGGUUCUUCAGCUUUUAUUGGCAAGGUAGGCAAGGAUGAAUUUGGGUACAUGUUGGCUGACAUUUUGAAACAAAACAAUGUCAACAAUUCUGGAAUGAGAUUUGACCUCAACGCAAGAACUGCACUGGCAUUUGUGACACUCAGAGCCGAUGGCGAGCGUGAGUUCCUGUUUUUCCGUAAUCCUAGUGCUGAUAUGCUUCUUCAUGAAUCAGAACUUCAUUUUGACCUAAUAAAGCAGGCAAAGAUCUUCCACUAUGGCUCAAUUAGUUUGAUUGAAGAACCAUGUAGGUCAGCACAUCUUGCUGCAAUGGCCUUUGCCAAAAAGUAUGGUACCAUCCUCUCUUAUGAUCCAAAUUUGAGAUUACCAUUAUGGCCUUCAGCAGAUGCUGCUCGGCAGGGAAUAAUGAGCAUAUGGGACCAAGCAGAUGUUAUUAAGAUAAGUGAAGACGAAAUAUCAUUCUUGACUGAAGGUGAUGAUCCUUAUGAUGAUAAUGUGGUGCUAAAGAAGCUAUUCCAUCCUAACCUUAAGCUUUUGGUUGUAACUGAAGGAUCUAAAGGUUGCAGAUACUACACCAAACAAUUCAAUGGUAGGGUUCCUGGUGUUAAAGCUAAACCUGUUGACACAACUGGUGCCGGUGAUGCAUUUGUUGGUGGGAUGCUGUACAGUUUAGCCUCUGACGUAAAUCUUUAUCAGGAUGAGAGGCGGUUAAGAGAAGCUCUCCUUUUUGCAAAUGCUUGUGGUGCCAAAACUGUAACCCAGAAAGGAGCAAUUCCUGCACUACCAACAAAAGCAGCAGUCCUUCAACUCUUAAAAGAAGUAAAUUCAUGAGAAAAAGUCACAAAUCAUCUUAUUUCUUCUGUUCAUUUAUAUCAAGUUAAUGUAAUUUGGGUUCCCAAGUGUGGGCAACAGUGAGUUUUUUGUUCCCUUUUUGUCGCUGUGUACCAUUUUUCUCUUUAUUCGAUUAUUAACAAACCGAUUAAGUUCCAUUUCUUGAUGGCUUAUUGGAACCAGUUGUAGUGGCACAAAGAAAAGAUGAAAUGGUUUUAGAGAAAAAUGGGGGUUCUUGUAA